AUGGCUACUCUAAUACAAACAACUUGCCUACUACUUCUCAUAGGUAUAGUUCAUGGUUGGACAGCAUAUCCAUCCACAUCUAAACAACGAUUUCUAUCUAAUCAUUUUCAUGAUUCAAUUGAUAAUAAUUCGUCUAUGUUAUCAAUAUUCGAAAAUAUGAAUAAAAUUAUGACAGCUAUGAAUCAACGUUUUCAACGUUUAUUAGGUGUUUCAUCAUUUCCUUUGGAUGAUAUGGAUAAUUGGAUGGAUAAUAGAAAACAAUUAGAUGCUGUUGAACCUAAUUGUACAACAACGAAUAGUUCAUCUUUAUCACCUAGAAUAUCAUUAAAAAAGAAUAGACGAAAGAAAACUCGUAAUACACAAACAACAACUUGCAUUAAAGAAUUAAUUAUUGAUGGAAAAAAACAAUUAUAUAAGGAAAUGAAUGUAACUGAUGAAAAAGGUAUAUUAAUUUCACACAGCAAAAUUUAUCAAACAAUUUCUAUCAAUACAAACAAUAGCACUAUGCCAACAGAUAUAAAUGGAGAUCCAAAUGUUAUUUCAUAUUAA